CACAGCCUUUUUCCCUUCUUCUUAAAAUGCUCUUAAAGCUGAAACUCUCAAUUUCCUUCUUUUCUUGAUUCUUUUCAAGCUCUUUCAUUUCUUUUCUCUCGCCAAAUGAAGCUGACGGACGGAAACGCCACCCCUUCCGCCGUCAAGUUCGACUCUUUUAAAUGACGAAACUAUUAUUCUCUCUCCUUUUCGCCAUUACUUUAAUCGCCUUUAUCUCCUUCCCGCUGUUAACUCAUGCCUUGGGUUCCGGCUCAACGCUCGCUAUCGCCUACGGCACCGCCACCGUAUGCGCUAUCGUAGCCUCUGAGCCGACUCAACGCGUAAUCUGCUACCGUGCCGGCAAUACCUCCAUCUCCUCCGCCACCGUCGCUGUCCUACCUAACGUCUCCUACUCCACCGUCGCAGGUGGCCAAACAGACGUUUGUGCACUCCGUUCCGGCGGUUACAGCCUCCUGUGCUGGCAAACAAACGUCCCAAGUUUACCCGUUAAACGCCUCUACUAUAACGACACUGUUCUCUUACAAUCCAUCUCCAUCGGCGACGCAAGGAUUUGCGCAACACCAACGAAUACGACGGCGUCUGUAUCCUGCUGGAGAUCCGACGGCAAUAAUACAAAUAACAGUGGGGAGUUACCCAACAGUAGUUACACAAUGGGUAAAAUCACAUCCGGGUUUGGGUUUUCUUGUGGGAUUGUUUUGAAUGAAAACAACAGGGUUACUUGUUGGGGAAGUAACUCAGUAGGGAAAGACAUAGAAGGGCAAUUCGGGAACAUGUCAUUGUUAAAUAUCGAAGCUGGGUCUUCCCAUGUUUGUGGAGUGAACUCAACUGGAGAAUUAGUUUGUAAAGGAGAUAACUCAGCUGGUCAGUUGAAUGUUCCUUUAAACAGAGGUUUAAACUUUUCUUCUGGGUUAGCUCUUGGAGAGAGAUUUAGUUGUGCGAUUAGGAGAUGGAAUGGAACAGUUGUUUGUUGGGGUUUGAUGAAUGAGACUGCAGUUGAAGGAAUUGCGUUCGAAUCCAUUGUUUCAGGUUUAAAUUUUACGUGUGGAUUGACUACCACGAAUUUUUCAAUCGUUUGUUGGGGUCCAGGGUGGCCUGGAAACAAUGGGUCAAGUUCAAAUUCUUCAGUAAAUGAGUUACCUUUGGGAGCUGAUAUUCUACCAGGGCCUUGCGUUCGAUCUCCUUGUAAUGAGUGUGGGUUAUAUCCUCAAUCAAAUAGGCUUUGUUUUGGUUCAGGUAACAUUUGUAAACCCUGUUUUAAUUUCACCAACCCACCGCCACCGUCAACUCCGCCGGAACCUGCAGCUCCACCUCCGGAGGUUCCAACGCGGUCGUCUCCAUCUAAAGAGUUGAGGAGAGGGUUAUUGGCUUUCGCAAUAGUUGGAUCAAUUGGAGGUUUCAUGGGGAUUUGUAGUGUUAUUUAUUGUUUAUGGACUGGUGCUUGUUUUGGGAAAAAGAAAGUACAUAAUUCGGUUCAGCCAACAAUCACUAGAGCUGGUUCUAAUGGUGGUCCAGGAUCAAAUAAUAGUCCUCCAUCAAGGUCAUCUACAAUCAGACGCCAGGGUUCAAGAGCAAUGAGGCGUCAAAGAAGUGGAACAUCAUCAAAACAUGCUGAUAGAGCUGAGGAAUUUAGCUUGGCUGAGCUUGCUGCUGCUACAAAUGAUUUUUCGUUUGAAAACAAGAUUGGUGCUGGGAGUUUUGGGGUUGUUUACAGGGGAAAGUUGUUGGAUGGCCGUGAAGUAGCAAUUAAAAGAGGUGAGACGGGUCAAAUAACCAAGAAGUUCCAAGAGAAAGAGACUGCAUUUGAAUCAGAAUUGGCAUUCUUGUCCAGGCUUCAUCAUAAGCAUUUGGUUAGACUUGUUGGGUAUUGUGAAGAGAUGGAUGAAAGGCUUCUGGUUUAUGAGUACAUGAAGAACGGUGCACUUUAUGAUCAUUUACAUGAUAAGAACAACGUUGAGAAAAGUAGUAGUCUGCUUAAUUCCUGGAAAAUGAGGAUCAAAAUUGCUUUGGAUGCGGCACGAGGGAUCGAGUAUCUUCACAAUUAUGCAGUUCCACCUAUAAUUCAUAGAGAUAUAAAGUCUUCUAACAUAUUACUUGAUGUGAAUUGGACAGCAAGAGUUUCAGAUUUUGGACUUUCCCUGAUGGGUCCGGAAUCUGGUCUUGAUUUCAGGCCAACGAAGGCGGUUGGAACAGUUGGUUACAUUGAUCCUGAGUACUAUGGCUUAAAUGUAUUAACAGCAAAGAGUGAUGUCUAUGGGCUUGGAGUUGUAAUGCUAGAACUUCUGACAGGGAAGAGGGCUAUAUUCAAGAGUGACGAAAAUGGAGGGACCCCAGUGAGCCUGGUGGAUUUUACUGUGCCUGCAAUUAUCGCAGGUGAAUUGGUUAAGGUUUUGGACACAAGGGUUGGACCACCAGAGCUGAAUGAAGCAGAAGCAGUGGAGCUGAUGGCAUACACUGCAAUGCAUUGUGUGAAUUUGGAAGGGAAAGAGAGGCCUACAAUUGGUGACAUUGUUUCUAAUUUGGAGAGGGCAGUGGCUGUUUGUCAUGGCAGCCAUGGCAGCAUCCCUAGUGAUGCAUUAUCAAUUGUUUCAGAGUGAAAUUUCAACUCUCUAAACCAAAAAAAAAAAAAAGCAAUUUGUUCUUUCUCUCAUUAAAAUUUUUCUAUCAAUGAUUUAUCCAGGUAUACAUUUUGGAUUGUAAAAAGAUUUAGAAGCUUUGUUCUUCAUCUAACAUUGAGCUGUGGGGUAGGAUUAUGUGAACACAGACAACAAGGAGAAAUGAUUACAUGAUUCAUUGUUGUUGCUCUUUA